GGCGCCGGACAGAUUCCGUUGACAUUGCUGCGGAGGAGGCGGACUGCUGUUACCAAACCUGAAGGUUUCAUCGCAGGGAGCCGCAGUGAAGUGGCAGCCCGCUCCUCGGCCCUGACACCGGCGCUUCGUGGAGUCAUGUACCGGCGGCCGCUGCAGUUCGCCGCCCGGAGUUUCGUCAGCGCGGCCGCUUCCAGAGCCGCCUGCGGGAAGGCGUUGGAUCAUGAAGCCUGCCUCGGAGCUCUCGCUGCCUGCCAGCUGGCCAGAGUCUCUCCUCCCUGUUCAGCACCGUGUCGGACGCUGCACAUCAGCACACAGCUGCGUAACGUGAAGGAGACGCGUCAGCACUCGGAGGAGGAGGUCAGCGCCUUCACCAAGCUCAUCGAGGCCAUGGGCUUCACCGGGCCGCUCAAAUACAACAGAUGGAAACUCAAGAUUGCUGCUUUGCGUAUGUACACGUGCUGCGUGGAGAGAGUCAACUACGACGAGUUCUUUGAGAAGUGUGAGCUCCCCGACACCCUCAACUCCUGGUUCCUGGUGGCACAGCUGCACGUGUGGAUGUGUUUGGUUCGGAUGCGUCAGGAGGGCCGAGAGGGGAAGUACCUGUGCCGCUACAUCGUCCACUCCAUGUGGGAGGACGUGGAGCAGAGGAGCAAGAUCAUGGGGAUCGAUGCCGUCAACAGAAAGGAAGCGAUGAAAGCCAUGACCGAGACCUUCUACGCCGCCAUAUUCGGAUACGACGAGGGGAUCCUGUCCGACGACUGCGUGCUGGCUGCAGCUCUGUGGAGGAACCUGUUCACUCAGGAGUGUGAGGAUCCCAGACAGCUGGAGCUGCUGGUGGAGUACGUUCGCAAACAGAUGCAGUUCAUCGACGCGCUGGACGGCCAGGACCUGCUGCUGACCGGCGAGGUGAAGUGGCGCCCCCUGGUGGAGGAGAACGCUCAGAGCAUCCUGAAGGUGGUGCGACCCACCUACAACGAUGCUGGACUGUGAGGCCCAGACUUCCUGCUUCACUCCUUCCUCCUCUGUAGCCUCCUUCCCUCCUUCCCUCCUUCCCACCUGCUUCCUGUUUUAAGUUUGACUCGUAGCUUCUGUUUCUGAGCUUCAUAGACGGUCAGGGAUCAUGACUUCACACCUUUAUAGCAAAAAAACAAAAAAAGAAACGCCGCCACGCACCGCCGCCGUCGUCGUCCUCCUCGUCGGGCCUCUCCCUCAACGCAGACGCUCUGUAUUUAUAUGUCCUCGUUUCUUUUCACACGCUGUAUUUAUAAACUAUUUUGUACGUCAGCCGAGACUUCCGCUCCGUCACUGUGUUUUAAAUAAAGUUUGGCGGCUCGGCGUCGGCGGGGUCAGCGGAGGUUAGCGGCCGCGGCGUUUCGUUUGUCCGGUUCUCAGGACGCUCUCAGGCUUGAACGGGAAGCUGAGCCCCACAAAAAACCCCCAAAUGUUUUUAAGAAGUGAUGAAUAAAGUGUUCUCUGGAUCUACAGAC